GAUUUUAGAUCAUCAACCUAUAAUUUGCCUUGCUAACAUUUAAGCAUGACAAAUAUUGCAGCCCUUGUAUCAUUUUCUUUGUUAUGCCUUUUGGCUACUGCACACUGUUAUGGUGUAAAGGGAAACAACCCUCUUGCUAGACUCAUUGAGGCUCAGAAUUUGAAAAGGCCAUCUACUUUCCGCAAAGCAGUACGAAAUGUUGAGUAUUCACCCGUGUUUGUUGGAUCUCAGGAUGGAUUAAAGGAAGCUGACAAGGUAGAAUCAUUGCCAGGGCAACCUGAUGGAACAACUUUCGAACAAUACUCUGGCUAUGUCACAGUUGAUCCGGUUGCUGGAAGAGCACUCUUCUACUACCUUGCGCAGUCAGAAAAUUCUUCUAGCCAGCCUUUGGUUCUAUGGCUAAAUGGAGGACCUGGUUGUUCUUCAUUUGGAAAUGGAGCAAUGAUGGAACUUGGUCCAUUUAGAGUGAAUAGUGAUGGCAAAACCUUAUCCCAGAACAAGUAUGCUUGGAACAAUGAGGCAAAUAUGUUAUUCUUAGAAUCACCAGCUGGUGUUGGAUUUUCAUACUCUAACACAACAUCAGAUUAUGUAACCGGAGACACAAAAACCGCAGAAGAUGCUUACACAUUUUUAAUUAACUGGCUGGAAAGAUUUCCAGAGUACCAAACCCGAGAUUUUUACAUUGCUGGAGAGAGCUAUGCAGGACACUAUAUUCCCCAACUAGCUCAACUAAUCCUUCAGAACAACAAAAUCACUAACCAAACUGUCAUCAACCUUAAAGGAAUUGCUAUUGGCAAUGCAUAUGUCGACCAGUUAACACAAUACAGCGGAUCAUAUGAUUACUAUUGGUCGCAUGCUCUACUAUCUGAUGAAAUUCAUGAGGGCAUCACCAUUAAUUGCAACUUUUCGGCAAUUCCAAAUGUUACAGAAGCAUGUAUAACCUAUCUUCAGGAAGUAGACCUUGGUGAUAUUUUUCCUUAUGAUAUAUAUGCUCCCUGGUGUGACACUUCAAGCGGUUCACCCUCAACAUCAGGAUUUGAUCCAUGCACUGAUAAUUAUAUCGACACAUACUUGAAUACUCAACUAGUUCAGACAUCACUUCAUGUCACUGUUCCUCCAAAGUCAUGGGCAUCUUGCAACGAUGAUAUAUAUGAUAACUGGACAGACUCCCCAGCAACAGUCUUGCCUGUUAUUAAGGAACUCAUGAACAGUGGCAUCAGUGUUUGGUUAUACAGCGGAGACACGGAUGGUGUAGUGCCAGUGACAACAACAAGAUAUGCCAUAGACUACCUUCAAACGUCGGUUAAAACACCAUGGUACCCCUGGUACACUCAAGCCGAGGUGGGAGGUUAUGCAGUUGGAUAUGAAAAUCUGACAUUCGUGACUGUAAGGGGGUCUGGACAUUUUGUUCCAAGCUACCAGCCUUCCCGAGGUCUUGCUUUAUUUUCUUCAUUUUUGGCGGGAGAGCUUCCUCCGUCCGGUGAGAACUUAAGCAUGGCAAGGAUCGCAACCCUUUUAUCACUUUCUGUCUUAUGCCUUGUGGCUUCUGUGCAAUGUUAUGGUGGAAAGGGAGAUAACCCUCUUGCCAAAUUUAUCGAGGCCCAGAAGUCCAAAAGGCCAUCUACUUUCCGCAAUGAGGUUCUAGAUGUUGAGUAUUCACCAGUGUUUGUUGAAUCUCAAGACGGAUUGAAGGAAGCUGACAGGGUAGAAUCAUUGCCAGGGCAACCUGAUGGAACAGCUUUUGAUCAGUACUCGGGCUAUGUCACAGUUGAUCCGGUUGCUGGAAGAGCACUUUUCUACUAUUUUGCGCAGUCUGAAAAUUCUUCUAGCCAGCCUCUUGUCCUAUGGCUUAAUGGAGGACCUGGCUGUUCUUCAUUUGGAAAUGGAGCAAUGAUGGAACUUGGACCAUUUAGAGUCAAUAGUGAUGGCCAAACAUUAUCCCAGAACAAGUAUGCCUGGAACAAUGAGGCAAAUAUGUUAUUCUUGGAAUCACCAGCUGGUGUUGGAUUUUCAUACUCUAACACAACAUCAGAUUAUGUAACCGGAGACACAAAAACUGCAGCAGAUGCUUACACAUUUUUAAUUAACUGGCUGGAAAGGUUUCCAGAGUACCAAACCCGAGAUUUCUACAUUACAGGAGAGAGCUAUGCAGGACACUAUAUUCCUCAAUUAGCUCAACUAAUUCUUCACAAUAACAAAAUCACCAACCAAACUGUCAUUAAUCUGAAAGGAAUUGCUAUUGGUAACGCGUAUAUAGACAUAGAAACACAGCACAGAGGAUCGUAUGAUUAUUUCUGGUCACACGCUCUAUUAUCUGACGAAAUUCAUGAAGGCAUCACUUUGAACUGCAACUUUUCUGCAAAUGCGAAUGUUUCAGAAGCAUGUAUAACCUAUCUCCAGCAAGUAGACCUUGGUGAUAUUUUCUCUUAUGAUAUAUAUGCGCCCUUGUGCGGUUCUUCCACUGGUUCACCAUCGACGUCAGGAUUUGAUCCGUGCACAGAUAGUUAUAUCAACACGUACCUGAACACUCAACUAGUUCAGUCUUCACUUCAUGUCACUCUUCCUCCAAAGUCAUGGGCAUCUUGCAACUUCGACAUUAAUGCUCAUUGGAAUGAGUCCCCAGCAACCGUGUUGCCUGUUAUUAAGGAACUCAUGAGCAGUGGCAUCAGUGUUUGGCUAUACAGCGGUGACACAGAUGGUGCAGUGCCAGUGACCACAACACGAUACGCGAUAGACUACCUUCAAACAUCAGUUAAAACUCCAUGGUACCCCUGGUACACUCAAGCUGAGGUGGGCGGAUACGCGGUUGGAUAUGAAAAUUUGACAUUUGUGACAGUAAGGGGAUCCGGACAUUUUGUUCCGAGUUAUCAGCCUUCUCGCGCUCUUGCUUUGUUCUCUUCCUUCUUGGCUGGGGAGCUUCCUCCUUCCAACGAGAGCUAAUCUGGCUAGAUUCUGUGUUGUCCAGAAAAGGAGGCUUCCUCAAUUUGAGUACAAAUAAUAGAAGGUUGAGAUGCAUUGGCAAAUAAAUUUUUCAACCCAUAAAUAUGUUCAGCAUUGCUAUUCCAAAAUCUGAUUAUUCAGUAUACUGUAAUAAACAUGCAUGCACUUAGCAAAAAAAAUAAA